CAAAACGGUUUUCAUUAACGCGCGAUUCGUAAUGAUCCUGGUUUGUCCGUUUUGGGGUUCCGUACCCAGUGCAUUACAGACAACACAAUGGCGAGUGUGCGAGAAGACGGAGAAGGCUCACGGUCUGGAGCAGGAGCCGAGCGGAAGGCAAAAGGUGGGAAAAGUAACACUGUCUCCAACAGCCCUGGAGGGAAAGGAGGAGGCGAAGGCCUGGGAAAGCGGACGGCCGACAAGGAGGACCUGGAGGACCAGCCGGCGCCACCCAAACUGCUCAAACCGUCCCAGACCGGCACGAGCACAGCGAAGAAAUCCGCUCCCAUCCUGAUCAAGCUAGGAGCCAGCAAACCCAAGGAAGCUGCUCCGGCUUUACCCACCAAAAAACCCGCCUCGGUUUUCGAUGAGGACGAUAGUGAACCAGAGGAGAUGCCUCCAGAAGCAAAGAUGAGGAUGAAGAACAUUGGAAGGGACACGCCGACCUCUGCCGGCCCCAACUCCUUCAACAAAGGCAAGCAGGGGUUCUCCGACCACCAGAAGCUCUGGGAAAGGAAGCUCAAGGCCCAGACAGACAAGUAACUCCUGCAACUAAAACGCGCGAUGCCGUUUAGGUUCUGCUUUCUUUUUUCUUGUUUUGCUUUUGUUUUUCAUUAAACUUAGUAAAAAUUGUGUACAUACAUGAUUCCUUCUGCUGGCGUUUGUUUCCCAAAAAAGCGAAUUGGAAGUGUUUCUGGAAAGCAUGUCGCCAGUCCAUCAAAGGGCAACUUCUAGUAUCAUGUACUUUGUAUUGUGGAAGAAAACAGGAGCACCCGGAGGAAAACCCACACGGACACAGUACGAACAUGCAAACUCCACACAGAAAGAAUCCUGAAUCGAACCCUGGACCUGCUUGAUGUGCUGCCACAUGACAAACAAUAUAAACGUCAAGAAAUAAAAACAAAACCUGUGUUUGUAAAAUGGGGUUUAAUUAGAGUCAAAUUUAAAAUGAUUUUGGGAAACACGUGAUUAAUAAAGAAAGUUAUCAUGCAUUCAGUGUUUUGAAGCUUUUGGAAGACCCCCCUCGAUUCCCAGCAGUUUUUUAUUAAUGUGUGUGAGUGUAACUGUGAUUUUUGCAGAACUGUCUGUAGACAAACGCUAUUUUCUUUGCUAUUGAUUUACUUCGCUGUAUAUUAUAACUCUAGUGCAUCUGGGUUUACGUCCAAAUGUGCUACAUUUAGAAGAUUCCAUAAACAGUAGUGAUAAUAAAUUAGCAUGAUUAGUUUUGACAGAUUUUAGCAAUAUAGUAAUAGAUUAUAAACAUCAUGCGCUUGUUUGAAUGUUGCUGGUACAUUGUGGAGUGUUUACAGAUGAAUAUAAGGAAGAGAUUAAUGGUAUUAAAUAAUUAACACUUUUGCUCUCAUUGUUUUAGCUUUUGGUCUCUUUUGGAAAGAGUAUUAAUGUGGAGAAGUGAACAAUCAUAGUGCAAAAGAGAGACUUCAUUCUCUUGAUACUUUUAUCUGAGGUAGAAUAAAAGCGUUUUCUUUACUUUGAUCACAUGUACACAAGAAUUAAAGUGUCAUUCUGCUAACAAAGGUGAUACAAUCCAUCAAUAAAUUCACACAGGUGGAAAAGUC